CAAACCGCACUUACUACACCUGAGCUGACUGGCGAACUGAUAAAAUUAUUUAUUUUUGAAUUCACAUUUGCUUUCCAGUAUGUGACCACACUCGUUAAUGAUUAGAGCACCAGCUAACUAGUACUAACCACCACGCUAAUAUGGAAUUAACGGGACCGUCCAACUUUUUAAUACUUGGAGGUUGUGGUUUUAUUGGCAGGAAUCUGGUGUCAUACUUAGUAGAAAACCAACUAGUCAAAUAUCUCAGAGUGGUUGACAAAGUUUCUCCUCAAAUUGCCUGGCUGGGAAAACCACAUGCAGACUAUUUUCAGUCACCAAAUGUUGAAUUCAAAAGUAGUAACUUAAUCAAUCCAGAAUCAUGUAAAAAUGCAUUUGUUCCACCCAGUGACAUAUCCUGGGAUUAUGUGAUCAACUGUGCUGGGGAAACAAAGCAAUCACAAGUUGAUCCUGUGUAUAAGGAGGGCAUUCUCAAGUUAAGCAUAAAUUGUGCCAAGGAAGCUGCUCAAUAUCAAGUGAAGAGAUAUGUGGAGUUAUCAGCAGGUCAGCUGUUCUCCAGCAGUAAAACACCUCACAAAGAAAGUGAUGAUGUUUCACCAUGGACUAACAUUGCCAAAUGGAAAUGGCAGGUGGAGAAGGAAUUAAAGGAAAUCCCAGCGUUGAAAUACACGAUCCUACGCCCCGCGUUGGUGUACGGCCCGGGUGAUAAGAAUGGCUUAAUGACGCGUGUAAUCAUCGCGCAUCUGUACAAGCAGCUCAACGAAACGAUGAAUCUGCUGUGGAACGCCGCCCUGAAAAUGAACACAGUACACGUGCGCGAUGUUUGUCGCGCAAUUUGCUUCGCAUGCAGCCGGCCCGAAACAAUCGGAGAAACGUACAACUUAGUAGAUGAGGCGAAAUCAUCACAGGGCACACUCUCACAGCUUAUAUCACAACUACUCGAUAUCAAAGUCGACUACUGGGGCCUUCUUGUAUCGUCCAUGGCGGAUCUCGAAUCGGCCGCUGAGGAAGGCAACGAAAAACACAUGGUCGCAUGGGCGAGAGCGUGCUCGGCGAACGCCAUAGAAAAUACACCACUUUCCCCGCACAUGAACUCCGAGAUGUUGUUGUAUAAACAUCUACACCUCGACGGUAGCAAAUUGAAGGGUUUAGGCUUCGAGUAUGUUGUGACGGGUCCAAGCGCCGACAAUAUUAAAGCCACCGUCGAGUAUUACUUGGACAUGAAAGUCUUCCCCGCAACGUUGGCUGUUUACAAAGCAUCAAAUGGUGUGGUUUGAAGACCGCACUGCGUUGGAUGUUGUGAUAUUAUAUGUAAUGUUCUUUGCACAAAUGCACUCGCUCUUCCAAUUGCACGUGAGUAUUCAGAUAUAUAAAUUGUGAGACUAUAAACAAGGUAUGUGUGCAAACCUAAUUCCUAUAAGUGAUUCUAUGUAACAUUAUAUUUUUGAACAGUGUUAUUUACAAGAUUUAAAUUUAACAUACGUCCUGGUAUAGAUGUUACUAUGUUCGAUUUUCGGCGUCGAAAUUGACAAUAAACAAAUAUGACUAUAAA